CCUGGUCUAUGAGGUAGAGCCGUUCUGAGUCCUCUUAAUAUAACUGCGGUAGGGAUUCACAGGGAGCCCUUUCGGCUGUAAAAGAACCGGAUGCGGCCACUAUUUUGUGUGUGUAGCCUGGGAAAGAAGUAGUAAACCUGCCACUUUGUAACCAGAGGAUUAGUGGCGAUUCGCUGUCUAAACAAGACUUAAGUUUCAUUUAACUCAUUUCAACUAGCUUUGGGACGAAUACGAUCAAAUCGGCUUUGAUGAGCAUGAUCCUAAAAUGUUAAGUUUCGGUUCCGACAGAAGGAUUAGGCUGCUGCCAAGUGAGUGUAUUUGCCGUGAAUAGAAAUUAUUUUUUUUUACACAAAGAGGGAGUAAUUUAGGUCUUGCAGUUUUCUUCAAACUUUGAAAAGACACGAAAAGCCAUCAUACUAACUGAGCGCUGUGCAAUGGGGCUGGAGCUUGGAGAUUUUUCUAAGAAAUUGGCUUUGGAUAUACUAAGAUUUGCAAAACUACAACAAGAGGACCAAUUAAGAUAGUUUACCCGGAAAGCUGUUGGAUUUGAAUGGCUUCCUGCUGAUUAUUGGGGAUUUAUUUGUCACUUAUGUGUACCUCUAAAAUGGAGAAGUGCUCCAGAUGUGAAGAGACUAAGCAUGUUUUCCUCUGAGACCUUAAUCAGCGUUUGUUGUACAGAAUGCCUUUAAGUGAAAGGAACAGUGUUGUUUUUGCGUAUGAAUCUUCAGUACACAGUACCAAUGUUCUCCUUAGUCUUGAUGAACAGAGAAAGCAAGAUCUUUUUUGUGAUGUUACUAUCUUAGUAGAAGACCAGAGAUUUCGAGCCCAUCGCUCAGUGCUUGCAGCCUGCAGUGUCUAUUUUCGUUCAAGAAUUGUGGGGCAGUUAGAAUCAGAUCUUGUAAUAAUUUUACCUGAAGAGGUUACACUGAAAGGAUUUGAACCUUUACUUCAAUUUGCUUAUACUUCCAAACUUAUUUUAGAUAAGGACAAUGUGGCUGAAGUUUGCAAAUCUGCUGAGUUCUUGGGAAUACAUGACAUCGAAGAAUCUUGUUUUCAGUUCCUUAAAUUCAAGUUUCUGGAUCAUAAAUCAGGACAGCAGGAAUACCCAAAACCAAAAUGUUGUAAACCAAGUUGUCAGAAACAGUAUAGUAAAAUGGAAAGUGUCGAUGCUAGAGAUUUAGAAAUCGAUGAGGAGGAUGAAAUCAUGCAAAAUGAAUGUGCUAAAAAUUCUCAGCUGAAGGCAUACAGUACUGAACAAAAUUCAGCAGUGUCCCUACUACAAGACAGUUCUAAUCGAAUCCAUGACCCUGAAUCAGAAAAGGAUCAGUUUUUUAAAGUAGAGUCCCUCUGUCCCAAAUACAGAAAAUUUAAAAAAGCUUUGGAGACUGAUAAAAUCCCUCUUUUAGAAGCCAGUCCUGGUAUUAAUGACAUUCAGGUAACAUCUGGUACUACUAUUCAUCAGGCUGAAUCAAAUAUUACUGGUGCUAUACAAAAAACUCUUGAAUGUACAGUUGUGCAUUCAGAUGCAAAAUGUGAAGAUACUCAGGUAGCAAUGGAAGAAAAUGGAAACGAAGACUUCACGAAUGAAAUGUCCCCUACAGUUAAGAGUGCUGAAUGUUUAGCAGAAAAGACAGAUUCUCAGUUUGUCCACCAUAAUUCUUCUGUGGCUACUCAUGGACUUUAUUCUGCUUCUUUUUUAAACGCAUAUGAUCAAUACUGCAAUUUAACUUUAAAUGGUAUGCAGAGCAAUACAGUGGUUGAAAAAAAUGCUAUUGCUGUGGGAGCCGAAAGUUGCAAACCGAUAAGUGAAAACACUGCUGAGGACCCAACUCCAAAAUCUAAUUUGUAUGAGCAGGGAAAUGUGAACAGUACAUCACCUAGCCAUCGAAGCAGUGUGGAGAGAGAGAUAGCAGAACAGUUAGCAAAAGGAUUUUGGAGUGAUGUUUACAACACAGAUACAGCAUAUCAAAUAAACUUGUCUCCUGCAUUGCCAAAAGAAUUUUCAGAACAAAGCUGUUCAGAAAAGAAAACUGAAUGUCCUUGGUUAGGAAUCAGAAUCACUGACAGUCCAGAGAAUGGCCCUCCAAGAACUUUUACAACAUUGAGCUCUGUCACUUGUCCCUUCAUCAGUAAUCUCAGUACUGAAGGCACCACUGAAGUUAAUAGUGGAGAUUGUAUUCCAGAACAACAACCUGAGCAAUGUCCUUAUUCGUGCGUGAUAAAUUUGGAAGAGGAUUCUGAAACGGAUACAGAGGGCGACAGUGAAUCCUUUUCUGCAAGAGAACAGGAAUGUGAGGUAAAGCUGCCAUUUAAUCCACAGAAGAUAAUUUCACUCUCUAGAAAUGACUUCCAGUCAUUUCUGAAAAUGCACAAAUUGACUGCAGAAGAGCUAGAUUGUAUCCAUGAUAUUCGAAGACGAAGUAAAAAUAGAAUUGCAGCACAGCGUUGUCGUAAACGAAAGCUAGACUGUAUACAAAAUCUUGAAACAGAAAUAGAAAAAUUGCAAAAUGAAAAAGAGAACUUACUGAAGGAAAAAGAUCACAUUUUGUCCACACUGGCUGAGACAAAACAGAAUCUAACAGGACUUUGCCAGCAAGUAUUCAAGGAAGCAGCGCUGAGUCAUGAGCAAAUCCAGAUUCUUGCAAAAUACUCGGCCUCUGAAUGUCCACUUUCAUUUUUGGUUCCUGAGGGGGAACAAGCAGCACCUUCUGAUAUCUCAUCUACAGUACCAUUGUGUGUUGAAUUAUCUGCUGGUCUUUCUGUUAUAUCAUCUAAUGAUCAGCAUUCUAGCUAUCAACAUAUGAAAGGUGGCUAUGAUGCAGGAUAUGAUCAAGCACAAGAAUUAUGUCCGCUUCCUGUCAGAAUAUCAGAGAAAACACUGUGCUUGGAACAGUGUGUGCAGAGUGGUAGUGGUAUCACAGAUUUUUGUCAACAAAUGACUGAUAAAUGCACUACAGAUGAAUAAUACUUUUUUAAAUUCAGCCUAGCAUGAUUGAGGCCUGAGUCGUCAUGUAAGAAGGUAGAACUGCAGCUGCAUUAAUUUUGCAUUUCAUAUCCAUCACCCUCAAUCAAACCUAAAUGUAAUUAUGGGCUUUUCUCUAAUGACAUGUAAAAAAUAUGCAAUAUACUUAGUGUAAAAGAAAGAAACCCACACAGUUUUGUUACUUCAGAUGUCCAGUGCCAUGGAAGGCAGUAAACUUGUUUCAUCCACUACUUCACAUUUAUUGAUAAUUCCAAUCUAGCUAUGUUAAGAAUUUGAUAAUAAAACAAAGCACUUCAAGAAUCUAAAUCUUUGAGAAUGUUAGGUCACUGCACUACAGAUGUGCUCUUGACAGCUUGCUGUCCUUCCAUGAUCUCCAGAUAAAAAUAUUUAUAAUAGACUAUGUUAAUUUGUGCUUCCGACUUAACGUUUGAUGUGGUUUUCUUAAGGAUAAAUGAAAUGAUCACAUAUUCUGGAAGGAUUUUAACUUUUAUUAUUAAUUGUGGGACCAAGUUGGGCAUGUUGGGAAAAUCUUCUUUUAAAUAAAUUACUUUUAUGGGUAAAGCUAAUUGUAGCUGUUCAGAUUCAGUAGCUUACAGUUCAGUUUUAAAAAUAAGCCACUUUAAAGCUUCAAUAAUUUUAACUACUAAAAUAAGCAAUUAGAACAUUUUACUGUAACCAGUGCUGCAUUGUAUUAAUUACAGAAAGUCUAUAUAAAUUCUGUAAUACUAUAGUGCUCUUAAUAAUAGAAGCUUUAUCUACUGAACCUCAAAUACUUUUUCUGGUUUACAAAAUUUAAAAGCCAAUGGAGUUCUUUGUUUCCUACCUCAGAACAUAUAAGUUUUUGUAACUGUGUUUGGAACACAAUCAUCUUUCUGUGACAACUUUUUGCCUAGCAUAUUUACUAUUUGAGUACCCUGCAAUCUUCUCUGGUAUGCUCAUAUAUUGGUUAAGUUUAGCAACCAAUUUAGCCUCUAGAAAAGUAAGUUUGUAUUUCUAAUAUAUAGUGUCAAUCUACAUAGUAAAUAUUUGGCCAAAUACACCAUCCAAACAGUGCUACUAACAACCAGCAUGUAUUAACAGAAAACUACACUACCUCAUAGAGUGAUUUCAAGAUCAUUCAAAGCUGCAGUGAUGGUCACAAAUAUUUGUCACAAACUAGCAUUAAGAAUUACAACGCUUACAGACUUUUAACUUCAUUGUGGAAGUUUCCUCUAAAUAUGCAUGAAUUCUUUUGCAUGUAUUCAUUUCUCUUUUGAUCAUAUAAGGAAUGAGUCCUUAAAAGUCUUUAGCUGGCAUUAUAGGUGUUGUGUGCAUUUAAUGAAACUCUUGCUCUUAAAGAGUACAAAUGUGUUUCUUUUCUGAGAAUCACGUUUUGAUUCUUUAGGUCCACCUCAUUCUUUUUUUUUUUUGACAAAUCAGUUAACAGUGCCAAAUCUGUUGGGUAUACAAUAUAAAAACUGCUCUGGAGAAGUAACUUAAGCCUAUUUUGAAACAAUUGAUAUAGUUUCUAAAGAAGUAUCCGCUGUAAAUUCUAAAUUAUAUGUUUAUAUAACUGGGUUGACUAAUUUUGUGACUGAAUUAAUACAGUCUGGUGGUUGGGGCUUCUGUCCCUCAAAAAUUUAUUGAUAAGAUAUAUGAAAGAAUGGAUCACUGACUAGGAAAGCAAUGAAAAUAACCUUUAUUGCAUCUUGAUUAAAACCUCAAUGCUUGUGAAUGGGACUCCCAGGUUUAAUUCCCAUUUUUACAGGAAUUGUCAAGUCUAAUUUCUACUAUCUAAUUUUGGGGUGGGAGAAUCUGAGGUAGCUGAACACCUAAAUAGGAGAUUGUGUAAAGUUUUUGCUUUGCAUGCAUACAUUGAAAAACUGAAUCAUCAACUUGAAAUAUAUCAGUUACAAUAUACAGUAUAAGAAACUCAGGUAAAAUUUGAGAAUUCAGUUCUGACUUUGAACAAUAUUUGCAUCAAGGCAUGUUAAAAUAGUUUUAAAUGUUUUGGGCAGAAUGUUAGAAAUUCUAACAUAAAAGCAUAAAGAUUGUUUAAAAGCAACCCUUAAUUCCAGUUGAUUUUUUUAAACUUUUCAUAGUCCAGUGUUUUUUAAUGCAAUAAAACUAUCCUUUCUGAUAUCUUCAUUUUUAUAAAAAUUUGGCAUUGUAAAAUUGAUGCAUACCAACUGAUUCAUACUAUUAAAGCAGAACUCUGGAAAUGACAUUAUUUAUACAUUUAUAUAAUAUAUUAAAGAAACAAAUAUUGACUUUGAAUAAAACUCUUUAAAAGGUUA